CAGGGGGCGUGGUCGCGCCGCCUCUGCCGCUCCGGUUCCAGCCCAGCCUCACGGAUUCAGAGAUGGAAAUCCCGAGGCCGCUCCCAGCUCACGGGACACCACAGGGCGGCAGCGGCUGUGGCGGUAGCUCCGCGGGCGGCGUCCGGGUCCACCGAAGUCCUGACCUGUCGGCUGGUCAGACCCCGGCGCGCCGCCUCCUGCUGCUCCGGGGCCCCCAAGAUGGCGGGCCCGGGCGGCGGCGCGAAGAGGCCCGCACUGCCUCACGGGGCCUGGGCCCGAGCUUGUUGGCGCCGAGGCCGGAUCCUGCCGGCGGCGGCGGCGGCGGCGGCUGCGGCGGCGGCGGCGGCGGCGGCGGCGACGACGACUUCUUCCUGGUGCUGCUCGACCCGGUGGGCGGCGACGUGGAGACCGUGGGCGCGGGUAAGGCCGCAGGGCCCGUGUGGAGGGAGGAGGCCGAGGCGGGGCCGGAGCCCCAACGGGGCGAGAGCGGCGCGAGCUCUGCGGCCCGGCCUGCGCUGGGCCCCCGCUGCCUGUCCGCGGCCCCCGUCCGGUCCCCGGCCCCGGCUCUAGGCUCGGGCCCCGCGGCGGCCUUCGCGGGUACCAUCACUAUCCACAACCAGGACCUGCUAUUGCGCUUUGAGAACGGCGUCCUCACUCUGGCCACGCCCCCGCUGCCAGCUUGGGAGCCAGGGGUCGGGCCUGCCCCGCAGCCUAGGGAUCAGAUCGUCCCUCAAGCUGGGCUGCCGCAUGCCACACAACCAGGCGACUGCCCAGAGCUGCCGCCUGACCUCCUCCUGGCGGAGCCGGCAGAACCCGCGCCAGCCCCUGCGCCCGAGGAGGAGGCAGAGGGCCAAGCUGCCGCUCAGAGCCCCCGCGGGUCACUGGGCCCAAGCCCAGGCGUGGUGCUAUACCUGUGCCCCGAGGCGCAGUGUGGGCAAACCUUCGCCAAGAAGCACCAGCUGAAGGUGCACCUGCUGACACACAGCAGCAGCCAGGGCCAACGGCCCUUCAAGUGCCCUUUGGGCGGCUGUGGCUGGACCUUCACCACCUCGUACAAGCUCAAAAGACACCUGCAGUCUCACGACAAACUGCGGCCCUUUGGCUGCCCUGCGGAAGGCUGUGGCAAGAGCUUCACCACCGUAUACAACCUCAAGGCACACAUGAAGGGCCAUGAGCAGGAGAACUCUUUCAAAUGCGAAGUGUGUGAGGAGAGCUUCCCCACGCAGGCCAAGCUCAGCGCCCAUCAGCGUAGCCACUUCGAGCCCGAGAGGCCCUACCAGUGUGCGUUUUCCGGCUGCAAGAAGACGUUCAUUACAGUGAGUGCCCUGUUUUCCCAUAACCGUGCCCAUUUCAGGGAACAGGAACUCUUUUCCUGCUCUUUUCCUGGCUGCAGCAAACAGUAUGACAAGGCUUGUAGGCUGAAAAUUCACCUGCGGAGCCACACGGGUGAGAGACCUUUCCUUUGUGACUUUGAUGGCUGUGGCUGGAACUUCACCAGCAUGUCUAAACUCUUAAGGCACAAAAGGAAGCAUGACGAUGACCGGAGGUUCACAUGCCCCGUGGAAGGCUGUGGGAAAUCUUUCACGAGAGCCGAGCAUCUGAAAGGCCACAGCAUAACCCACUUGGGCACAAAACCUUUCGUGUGUCCUGUAGAAGGCUGUUGUGCCAGGUUCUCCGCUCGAAGUAGUCUCUACAUUCACUCCAAGAAACACCUGCAAGAUGUGGACACUUGGAAAAGCCGUUGUCCGGUCUCCACCUGUAAUAAGCUCUUCACCUCCAAGCACAGCAUGAAGACCCACAUGGCCAAAAGGCACAACCUUGGCCAGGAUCUCUUAGCUCAGCUAGAAGCCACAGAUUCUCUUACGCCCAGCAAUGAACUUACCAGCCAGGGACAGAAUGAUCUCAGUGAUGCCGAGAUAGUGUCUCUCUUCUCUGAUGUGCCUGGCAAUAGUUCUGCUGCAGUGUUGGACACAGCAUUAGUGAACUCUGGGAUCUUGACCAUCGAUGUGGCUUCUGUAAGCUCAUCUCUGGCAGGGACCCUCCCUGCUGGUAGUAAUAAUUCCUUAGGGCAGGCUGUGGACCCCCGGGCCUUGAUGGCCACCAGUGACCUUCCUCAAAGUCUGGAUACCUCUCUCUUUUUUGGAACAACGGCAGCCAGUUUUCAGCAGAACCCCUUAGAUACGGAUGAUGUCUCAAGUGCAGCUGCCGGGCCCUUGGGAUCUCUGGGUUCUGUGGCUAUGAAAAGCUCCAGUCCCGAGCCCCAAGCUUUGACACCCAGCAGUAAGUUAACAGUGGACACAGAAGCUCUGACUCCUUCCAGCACCCUUUGUGAAAACAGUGUCUCAGAACUACUGACACCAACCAAAGCAGAUUGGAAUGUACAUCCUGACUCUGACUUCUUCAGACGGGAGGGACAAACCCAGUUUGGAUUCUCCAAUCCAACAGGAAACCAUGGUUCUCAGAAAGAAACAGAUCUUACCACAGUGACUGGCAGCUCAUUUCUGGUAUGAAACAACUGUAUUCAUUCCUCGCCGUGUGGCUUAAUUUUAGUACAUACACUCAGUUCUGAGGAUGUUCUGGAUUAAAUGUUUAAAUACUGUCAGGUUCUUUUGGAUUUGCAAUAGAACACAGCCCUGGACUACUAGUUUGGGGAUCUUUAGUCUGGAACUGACAAGCUCUGUGGUCCUGAGCAAACCACUUAACCUGUCUGAGCCUUAAUUUACUUAUUUAUUUAUCAUGUUGCUUGAAUAGACUGUAAGGCAUUUUCUAUUCUCUUUUCAUGAUUCUGUGCUUUUUCUGUAAAAAUGAUGUAUUGCAAUGAUCAUUUGUUUCAUGUGCUUCUGUUGUAAUGAAUAGGGCUCUCAGCCCUUUGAGCAUUAAAUGAUCAUAGAUUUAGAAACUGUUUUUUAAUUAACAUUUUUUAAUGUAAUAGAACUUAUACACAUUGCUAAAACGUAGUGUUGGAUCUCAAAAGAAAAAAAAAACUAUACUAAAUUUUUUUUUUACCAUUGCAGCCUUUAUAUUCCUGCCUGCCUCACACCCACAAACCCACCUUUUUUUUUCUGGUUCACAGAGUUUGUUGUGGAAAACUUCGUGUCUUUUACACCAUGCUGACCCAGUCUGAAAUAAUGGCUUUGUGGUUUGAAUAUGUGGCCUUACUAAUUUAUUUAGUCUCAUUAGGUAUUGGUUCAUAGGUAUAAGACAGUUGUGAUAAUGUAUACAUAUUGGUGUAUCUUAUACUCCUUUUUCUGUUUCAAAAGUUAGUAAUGAAGUAAAAAUAGAUACUUUCGAAUUUUUCAAUGAAUCUGCUUUAACUUUAUUUCACUACUCUAGUUCCCUCUUCAAUGGGCAAUAAAUUAUCAUAAUACAAUACCACUUUUAUGCAGGUACUAAAGGUUUAUGAGGGUCAAGAUGAAGAGAUGGGGAUUUAUUUCUUCCAUGGAUUAAAAAAAAGGAUUUUUCUUCUCACAUUUCUUAUGUGACAUUGUCUACAUGUUCGUUAGAUGCUAGUGUCUUUGUUGCCUAUUUAGAGCAAGCCUAUGAAAUGAAUUUAGAGUCUACUGUUCUAAUGAAAUCUGGGAAUGGAUCAAAAUGAUAUUUCUUCCCUGUGUCAUUUUUAAGUAUAAUUGAUGACCCAUGCCUGCAUUUUUGUAGAUACCAUCUAUCUUAUAUGAUUAUAACAUUUUACAGUUAUGUAUCACUUUUAAAACUUUUUGUUUGAUCCACACAGUCCAAUGAUUUGUUGUGGUAACAUAUAAACUACAACAUAUAUUAAAAUAUUCAUCUAACUUGUGGCCAUUAUUGCGGCCUAGGGGUUUAAGCCACUGCCUGCAACGCCAGUAUCCCAUAUGGGCACCCAUUUGAGUCCCAUCUGCUCUACUUCCAAUCCAGUUCCUGGCUAAUGUGCUUGGGAAAGCAGCAGAGGGUGGCUCAAUUGAUUGGGCACCUGCACCCAUAUGGGAGACUUGGAAGAAGUUCUUGGCUCCUGAGUUAUGCCUGGCCCAGCUUUGGCGAUUAUGACCAUUUGGAGAUCAAACUAACAGAUAGAUGAUCUCUGUAUCUUUCCCUUUCUCUAACUCUGCCUUUCAAAUAAGUAAAUAAAUAAAUCUUUAAAAAACUUAUCUAACUCCCAUUUCAAAUGGAUUUUGCAUAGUAACUUUUAAUUAUAUUUAUGUGGCUAUAAAUAAGUAAGAAAUAGUUUAUAACCUAUUCCUCUGUUUUUUUUUUCCUUAAUUGUUAUCUGUUACCUUAUGCUUGCUUUGUUCCCUCUCUAACCUAUUUCCUUGCCUUUACCUUCCUGUCCUCGGCAUGCAUCGCCUUUAUUUUUUAAUUAAACAAGUCUCCUUAAUGGUAACCAUCUUUCAUUCAUUCUCCUUGUGGCUAGUUUUCUUUUCUAUGAUUAAUUUUAUUUAUUUGAAAGAGUGACAGAGAGAGAGAGAGAGAUAGAGGAAGAGAUCUUUCAACCAAAGGUUUAUUCACCAAAUGGCUGCAAUAGCCAGGUCUGGGACAGGAGCUGGGAAUUUCAUCUGGAUCUCCCAUGUGGUUGGCUGGGUCCUAAGUAUUUAAGCCAUCUUCUGCUGCUUUCCCAGGCACAUUUGCAUGGAGCUGGAUCCAAAGUGUAGCAGCUGGGACUUCAAUGGGUACUCUGAUAUGGGAUGCUGCAUCGUAGGCAGCACCUUAACGUUGAACCACAAUAUAAGACCCAUGGCUACUUUAUUGGUCAUUUUAUUUACACUAAGUUUGCAUGUGAACUGAGAAGUUACUUAGUGGAUUCAAAUGGCUGUGUGUUUAGUUAUAAAUCAGAUGAUAAUGAGAGUGUUUUAGGUAAGUUUUUAGUGAGAGUACUACUUUUGUGAAAAUUUUCACCAUAUGGUUCUGCUAGCAAACAUUAUUAGUUGAUUUGAAACAUUUUCAACCAGUUCUAUUUACAUGUGGAUGCUUGAAGAUGACAAAUA